AUGGGGAAGAAACAGGGCUGGUUCACCUCCGUGAAGAAGGUCUUCAAGCCGUCGUCCUCGUCCUCGUCCUCGCCGGCCGCCGCCUCGCUCAGGGACGCGCAGAAGAAGGUGAGCGUCUUCCUCCUCCCGCCGCGGUGAUGAUCUCCUUUCCCGUCGGAUCAGUAAGUUCGCUCCCCUGUGCAGGUGGAUGAAGCAGGGGGGCCACAGGAGAUGCCGGAGAUUGUGACCCUCGAGCACUUCCCGGCCGAGUCGUCCCCCGAAGUCACCCACGGCCACGGCGGCGACGACGACAACGAUGACGACGACGACGACGACGGCGGCGGUGGCAGCAGGACCCACGAGAUGGCCGUGGCCGCCGCCACCAAGGCGGCGGCGCAGGCCGCGGCCGCGGCCGCGCAUGCCGCCGCCAAGGUCGUCAGGCUCGCCGGGUACGGGCGGCAGUCCAAAGAGAAGGCCGCCGCCGUCCUCAUCCAGUCCGUUUUCCGAGGCUACCUGGUGCGUCCGUAUCCAUCUCCCUUCCAUUUUCCUUUUCUCUUUUCUCAGCGCAGAGCCAUAGCCAGCCGCUCAACCUCGCCGUCGGACCACGAAAAGGAUGCCAUUGACGCGGGGGAACAUCAGAACAUUCCCCCCGCUCAUCGAUCUCCGCUUACGAAUCCCUACUGCCGCCAUUGUUUAUUUUUCCCGUUUCCCCAAGAAUGUCCGGGAUUAGGUAAUUAAAAGCGUGAUAAUUCCGAUCCCCUCUGCGUCCAUUGCUCCGCCGGAGCGAUGGUACGCCGGCGUCGGGCGGUACACGCGGUGAAUCGGACGGCGGGCAGGCAUUGAUGGCGGUGGUGGUCCUUCUCUGUGGCGCAGGCGCGGAGGGCGCUGCGGGCGCUGAAGGGGCUGGUGAGGCUGCAGGCCCUGGUGAGGGGCCACAACGUGCGGAAGCAGGCCCACAUGACCCUGCGCUGCAUGCAGGCCCUCGUCCGGGUUCAGGCCAGGAUGAGGGAGAAGCGCCUCCAGCAGGCCGGGCAGGAUCCGCUCCUCCGCCGCCGCCGCCGUCCCCCCCACGGCAGCGGAAGAGACCACGAGGAAGAAGAAGAAGGGAAUGGGAGCGCGCAGUGGAAGAGCAGCAAUCCACUGAAGAAGCACGACGCCGUCAUCAAGCGCGAGAGGGCCCUCGCCUACGCCUUCGCCUGCCAGGUACCCUGAAAUCCUAAUCCCAAUGUUGUUCGCCUUGUGAAUAUUGGUUCCAUCGAGCUGAGGCCGUUCUUCUCUGCGGCGACGGAGCAGCAGCAGCAGCAAGUGUGGCAGGCCGGUGAGAAGAGCCCGCAGUGGGGAUGGAACUGGCUGGAGCGGUGGAUGGCCGCGCAGAGGCUGCAAACUCGGAGCCCCUGCUUGAUCAACGACGAGAUCCUGUCGGAGAGGACGGUGGAGAUGGACACCGGUCGGAGCGCCGGCCACUCGUCCCGGUACGGCGACCGGCUUGCCGGAGGAAGGGCGGAAGCCGGUGGGGGCUUCCCCAGCUACAUGGCGGCGACCCAGUCAGCCAAAGCCAAGUUCCGAGGAAGCUCGCCGGCGAAGCAGCAGCAGCUGCAGAGGAUGCAGUGGAACUCUUCGACGAGGACGGCGGCGCCGCCGCCCGGGGGGGUCGACUCGUCCAGCUCCGGCGGGAGCCUCACUGCGGCCCACCGGAUGCCUUCCAGGAGCCCCGGUCCCCGGCGGUGGCUGCCAGCGGGCUACAGCCCCGAGUCCAGCGGCGGCGGGGACGACCGGACGCCGCCGUACGCCGCGAGGCGGCGGAGCAACUACCUGUGA